AUGAGUUCUCAAUCACUUACGCCGUUUCUCCUGACCAAAUGCGCCGCCUGUGCGGCUCCCCUUCAGACUGGCAUCAAGCGGUGCUCGCGAUGCAAGACGCGCUAUUGCUCCGCGGCGUGCCAGCGCGAGCAUUGGCGCCGCGGAGGCCACAAGGCGACCUGCGCGAAGAUUGCCUCUCGCGGUGGCGCAGAAUCAUAUCACGCGACUGAGGAGGCUAAGGAGGCCUUGGAUGUUGCGGUGCAAGCGUGUAGAUAUGACCCCAAGAGAGAGUACUUGGACCCCAUAGAGGGCGCGACGUGCCGCAUCUGCGGGAAGGAAAAAGCCGAGGAAUCCGACGAGGGUCUCGUGCGCGGGUGCUCGUGU